ACCAAUGAUUAAAGGAUUAAAAAAAUAUUAAAUGGGGCGAGAUUGGUAAGGAUUGGUCCGCCACUAAGGAUUUUAAGGAGUAAAUCCUUAAGUGCGUGGCGCGCUCUGGUUGGUGAGACUGAACAAGUGGUUUGCCAUGUUAAAAAAAUUCGAUGUCAUUUGUUUCGUUGGAGAAAAAAAAAAACUGGUCUCGACUCGAAGGCGAAACCAAGGCGACUCAAAGACGAUUUCGCGAUUGUGAAAACCCGAGGUUAACAUGGGACAGGAUUACAGUUACAGUCAGCCUUCUUCAUCAGAGUACGACAUCACCUCUCUUCUUGAAGAAGAAGCUGCACUCUACGCUGAUGAAGCAGCUGCACUCUACGCUGAUGAAGCUGAGAGUAGCUACAUGAUCGGAGAGCCGGCUGAGUACCCACCUCGAGCUGAGCCUGUUACACAACUCAGCAGAAACAACUCAACAGACCUUAUGGCUAUGGAGGAGAUGAGUGAUGACUUGCAGACACAACUCAGCCAGCUUAAGGAUCAAGGUAUUAAGAGUGAGCAGAAGCUGGUGAAGCUAGAGAAGACAGUGGUGGUUUGUCUCCUGGUUUGUGUAUUACUGUUAAUGGGUUUGGUGUUCAUCUAUCUGCGUGGUGAGUUUCUGUCCUCUUCCUUUUGAUUGUUGUGUCUGCAUUUUUUAAAAGCGUUUAACUGUUUUAUCUUGUGUGUUUGCAGGAAGAGCUUCAAAGGGUACGUACAAGCUGAAGUCUUACGCGGCAAUCUGAAGUCCCGACUGUUUGUAAUAAAAGGUACUCUUCGAAGUCUCUACAAUAUACUAGUUGUAGUUUUAAACAAUGAGAUCACUGAAUCAAUUUGUAUAGGAUUUGAUUCUAGUUGUAGUUUUUAAAUGUUGAGAUUUGAUUGGUGUUAAAUGAUACUGAAAUGCUUUAAAUGUUAGUUUUAAAGCAAUAUAGUUAUAUAUCACUUCCGUCUUGCUUAGUUAAUUAUCAGUACUAGUCUGAUUUAUUGUAGUUGUAGUUUUAAAAGCUUUAGUUAAUUAUCUGUACUAGUCUUAUUACCUUCCUACCUGCCAAGAUUUAUUGUGUUA